UUUUUUUCUCGGUGCGUUUACGAAUUUCUAAAAGUUGAUUAUCUGUGACAAAUUUCGAACGAACUGUUUAUUUGAGGUCUUCAAGUGUUUUGUCAAAAUAAGAAGCAUUAAUCCUGAGCUAAUUGUAGCUCCUGUUCUGCUGUCGUUGAAAUCUGCGGAUCAUGUCAGGAAAACAAAAGGGACUGCACUAAAGGACAAGGAUCAUAUCCGGAAGAGCAACCCAUAGAGCCAUUUCCUGACAUCAGCAAAGACCGGAUUCAGUCAGUCAGGACUCCACAUGUAGAUCCUUCAGGUAGGUCCCAGAUUUUGUCUUCUGCAGAGAUGGAGCGCAUCAGAGCAGCAUCCCGGCUUGCCAGUAAGGAGGCAGAGGCAAGGAAGGAAGCUUUUCGAAGAAUGAAACAAGAAGAAAAAAUUAGACUAGCAGAAGAGUGGAAGCAUCAAAUUAAUCAAGCGGACCUGUCCCGUAAAGAGAACGCAGAGCUGAGCGAGCUGGAAUUAGAGGCCCGGGACAAAGCACAGCGUAUCUUGGAGCAGGCAAACAUGAUGUCGAUGGAGCAAGACAUUGAAAUCCAAAAUCUCAACAAGAUGAUUCUUGGUGCUCAGUGCCAAGCAAUUCGUGAUGCCCAGAUUACAGAGAAGAACCAAAUAAAGGCAGAAUGGGCAGAGGAGAAAAAACGCCUGGAUGCUAUGCUGGAACAGAACCGCCAGAAGGAUUUGGAGAUGAUGUUAGAGAAAGAAGAGCAACAAAAACAGCAAAGAAUCAGGGGAAAGCUACAAAUUUUGCAGCAGAUAGAACAGCACUCUGAGGAGAGGAAUCGAAAAAAAGACCUAAAGGAAGUGGAAAAACUGCAGACACAAGAAAAAUUGCAAACACUGAAGCUGACAGAAUGUGCGGAGCUGGAGCAAAAACGAAUGUAUCAACAGCAGCUGCAGCGGGAGAUUGAGCGCAUUAAUGCUGAGAAUAUAAAGUUCAAGGAGCAGAAGAAAGAGGAGGACAAGCUGGCUGACAUCAGAAACAUGCAAUUCAUUCUACAGAAGCAGAAGCAGGAGGAACAACAUGAAGCAGAGCAGUAUCGACGCAAGAAGGAGAAGGAGCUGAGGCUCGCCAGGCUUUUGGCACAACAGAAAAGAGCAGUUGACUACCAAGCUGAACAGGAUGAACUGCGGGCUCGGAGAGCUCAAGACAAGAAAGAAAGAGAAUGGAGGAAAAAAAUUAAAGAACAGGCUGAGAAGAAAGCAAAGGAUGACGCCAUGUUGAAGACUGAGCGAUUAGAGCAGGUUAAACAGAAAGAACACUUCCUGUCACUGGAGGCCGGAAGGGAGAAGGCAGAGUUUGAGAGGGUGCUGAAGGCACAAAAGGAAGCCAUUAGAAAAGAGGAGGAGGAGGAGGUGCGCCGACAUUGGGAAGCACGCAACCAUGCACAGGAGGUUCUGCGGCAGAUUGAGGAACAAAAGCAGAGAUGGAGGGAAGAGCAAAGUGAGCGCCUUAAGGAAAUGGACCAUCUAAAAGAAUUAGACCGCCAACGACACAGGCGCCUCGAGGAGCUGAAGGAGAAGAAGCUGAAGGACCUCAAGAGUAUGGGACUUCCUGAGAAAUACUCCAAAGAAGUGGAAAAGAAGGCCCGUGGCAGCAGGCCUUGACUUAUUCACAACAUGAUUUCAGGCACAGGUCAAGUUCACAACCAGUAUCUUGCCAACACUUCAGGGUUACAAGUACAU